AGCCUACUGAGCAAUUCUUUUCACUCCAAACCGGAGCACCAACGUAGUUCGAGAAUGAGAACCGGACUAUCUGAUGUGGUUCUCAGCUACCAACACUGUAACCAUUACUUCUAAGGUCUUUGCAAAAAUUGCACUGUCGUAUGUUUAGGCAAUUUUUUAGAUUAAUUAUUUGAACCAUGUUUUUCUAAAGGAGUGAAAUUAUGUAGCCUAUAUUUUCUCUGCCGUUUGUUGAAGUAGCCGAGCAUAACUGUCCGAGAAAGAUGGCGAGGAGUCAGAUUCGCCUCUCUCUCGCCCUGGUUUUACUUGGGAUUUUUACUCUCAAACUGCCGUCGGUGAAAGGAGAUAUAGCGGGAGAACAGGAGGAGGAGGAGAGGUCUUGUCAAGGUGCCUUCGAUCUCUACUUUGUCCUCGACAAGUCUGGAAGUGUGAAGAACCAGUGGAGUGAGAUCUACUCCUUUGUUGAACACUUGGCUGAGAAGUUCGUCAGUCCUAUGCUGCGCAUGUCCUUCAUUGUUUUCUCCACACAAGGAAAAACCAUCAUGAAACUGACUGAAGACAGACAGGCCAUCACGGAGGGCUUGAGAGCCCUGAAGGACGUCUACCCAGGGGGAGACACUUUCAUGAACCUGGGACUGGAAAUGGCUAACACACAGAUAUAUCAAGAGAACCAAGGGACAGCCAGUGUGAUUAUUGCUCUCACUGAUGGCGAGUUGAACGAAUGGCAGUUUGACACGGCACAGCGAGAGGCACGGAGGGCUCGGUCUCUAGGAGCUAUAGUGUACUGUGUUGGAGUGAAGGAGUUCAAUGAAACACAGCUGGCCACUAUAGCAGACACCCUGGAACAUGUGUUUCCUGUGUGGGGGGGCUUUCAGGCCCUCAGGGGGAUCAUCGACUCGAUCAUUAAAAAGUCCUGCAUUGAGAUCCUAGCAGCAGAACCCUCCAGUGUGUGCGCAGGAGAGAGCUUCCAGGUAGUGGUAAGAGGUAAUGGGUUUCUUCAUGCCAGAAACACUGACCAGGUCCUCUGCAGCUUUAAACUCAACGACACACACACUCUGGAUGAGCGACCAGUCGAUAUAGAAGACACCUUCCUACUCUGUCCUGCUCCAGUCAUAGACGAGGUGGGAAGGGUGAUCUACCUGCAGGUGAGCAUGAAUGAAGGCCUGUCCUACAUCACCAGCUCUGUGCACAUCACCACCACCGAAUGUUUCGAUGGCACCAUCCUGCUGAUAUCCUUGCUGGUUCUGUUCCUGUUGUUGGGUUUGAUCUUUAUGUGGUGGUUCUGGCCACUCUGCUGCACUUUGGUAAUCAGAGAACCUCCACCCCCCCCUCCUCCUGAGCCUGAGUCUGAUGAUGAGGAUGGAAUGCCUAAGAAGAGGUGGCCCACUGUGGAUGCCUCCUACUAUGGAGGGAGAGGGGUGGGGGGCAUCAAGCGCAUGGAGGUGCGCUGGGGGGAAAAGGGUUCCACAGAGGAGGGGGCCAAGCUGGACAAGCCCAAGAAUGCCGUGGUGAAGAUGCCAGAGCAGGAGUACGAGCCCUACGAGCCCCGCCCUCGCAAGCCCCCUCGCGGGGCCCCCCAGCAGAGACGAUGGUACAGCCCCAUCCAGGGGAAGCUGGACGCGCUGUGGGCCCUCUUCAGACGAGGAUACGACCAGGUGUCCCUCAUGAGACCCCAACCUGGGGACCAGGGUCGCUGUAUCAGGUUCCAUCGUGUCAAAGACGAAGACCCCCCGCCCUCCCACGCCUCUCCCCCUCCCGCCCUCACCUUGCAUGUCCCUCCCCCACCUCCCGUGGACCAGCAGCCUCUGAUGAGGUCGACUUCGCCAGCCCCCCGCUCCGCCCCUCCGUCCAGAGCACCUCGCUCCACCCCCCCAGCCCGAGUCCCCCCCGCCGUGGUCCGACCCUCCCCUGGUCCUCCCCCUGCCCGGGCCCCCCCCGGACCCUCGGGCCCCCCUCCCUCCCGCCCCCCUCCCAGGCUCUGAGGAGGAGGAAAGAAGAGGAAGGGGCGGGGGGGGGGGGGUUGCACCUCCUGACCACGUCCCCCAUAAAACUAUUGAUUACCCCUCUGUCUCUCUCUUUCCCCCCCUGCAGCAAGGGGACCAUCUACAAGCCAGGGGUCCUCACUGGGGGCUCUGAGCUUUGUUGCUGGGCAGCAAACGAGAUAUCUGGAGGAAUAUCAAAUUAGCUACUGAGUUCAUAUGCAUGGACCGUUUUGAUUGGUUAAGGCUUGAGGAGCCAGGAAAUUGUUUAUUUGGAUAGGACUGUAUAUAAAUGAACCUACCUUCAUGACUAAUUCUUAUUAGAGAAACUCUGCCACACAUAGAGUAGAGAAUAGUGUAAUGUCAAUGUGGAUAUACAGUAUGCAUGAAUUGAGUGAUGAAAACAAUAUACUGACAUGUUAAGAGAGAGAACUGCAAGGUUGAACUGUUCUGGUCCCUGUCUCGGUGUGUGUUGGUGUGCGGAGAGUCAGGCUGGGGCAGGGGGGACAGAGGGAAAGGGAAGUAGAGAGAAAGGAGAGAAUUAGGAGUUGUCUAAUGGUUUUUUGUGAACCAGAGGCAAACAGUGUUUGGGGUUGAAGGCUGUAGCCAGAUUGUGUGUUUGGAACGUUGGCAAAGGUUGAAUGUGUGUAAGUACAUUUUACAUGUUGUGUGUGUGUGAUUGCGUUUCGAGAAUUGCAUGCUCCAAGGGGAUGUACUGAGAAGUGUGUAGAAAGUAGUAGAGGGCCAUCUGUUUCAAGACAGGAGGGGUUGUAAAGGACUUUCCAAAUAUUCAUACACUUCAUUCAACCAAAGAAAGUUAUCUAUGUAAAGUCUGUUUAAAGUUUCAUUUUCUAGGAAUAUGCUUUGGAAGCACAUAUCUGAUAUUAGUAUAAGGCUUUGUUUAGACUCAGUGAAGUUGUUUUAUAACUGCAGGGCAGUUUUUUGUGUAUUUAUUGAGCUGGUGAAAUAAAUGUAGUCAGUCAACAUGUGGCUGCCUCAGCUCAAAUCUACUGUCCUUUACUGGGUUUCUCACUGACAUACUGGUGGUGGGAGGUGGAGGUGGAGAGCAUCCAACCAUCCAUUGUAAUACAUUCAUCCGGGUGAUAUUUUUUAUUGAAAUAAGUAUUGUUUAAGGGCUUGGGACAUCACUGGUUUGGCACUGGCAUAACAUGUAAUCUAUCAAGUUUGUAUUUGUUUAUAUGAAUUAUGUAUUAACAAACUCAGAGAACAACUUUUCCCUGUUUUUAUUAAAAGUUUUUGGUUAUACAGUA